GGCCAGGGCUGGGAGCCGGGAGGGGCUGGGUUUACGGGGUGGGCGUGACCCUCGAGGUAGGGCUUGGGGGCGGGGCCUAAAGGGACCUGAGGGACAGCUGUGGAGAGGAAGGGUUUGGGGGGCCUGGGCCUGGCCUGCGGGGCCUUCAUCUAGGGGGAUUCCGAGGCGGCGGUGGCAUCAGUCCAGGCCCUGCCCUACGAUCUCAUCCCGUUCCCUUUCGCCCCUCUCGCCCCUCGGCUUUAUACUCCAGGCCCUGUCCCCUGAGCUCUGCCCUCGGAUGUUCCACCGCCCAGAGCUUGCAUGCGCCGUGGGGCGCCCCAGGACCAGGAGCUGGUGGGUCCGGGGGCUCCUGGGCGGGGGUCCCGGGGCGCCCCUCCUCCCUCGGGACCUGUUGUCCCGGUCCUCGUCUUUCCCCCGGAUCUAGUAUUCAGGGCGGACCAGCGGAGUGGAUCUCGGCAGCUGCUGACCCUCUAUAACCCCACGGGAGCAGCGCUUCGCUUCCGAGUCCUGUGCACAGCACCUGCCAAAUACACAGUGUUUGACGCGGAAGGAUAUGUGAAGCCUCAGUCCUGCAUUGACAUUGUGAUUCGCCACGUGGCCCCCAAUCCCAGCCACUAUGACGUCCAGGACCGCUUCCGCAUUGAGCUAUCUGAGGAGGGAACAGACGGCCGAGUGGUGGGGCGCAAGGACAUCACCUCGGUUCUGAGGGCCCCAGCGAACCCCCUUGAGCUUCAGGGACAGCCUGACCCAACGCCGCACCCACCGCACCCAGAGCCUCCUUCCUGGACAGCACCACCCACGGCUCAGCACUUCCCAGAGAACCCCGUCCCGCACCUGGCCACCAGCUCCUUCCUCCUCUUCUUGCUGAUGGGCACAGUCUCUGUGGCCUUCCUGCUGCUGCCGCUCCAGGAUGAACUUGGCAGCCAGCUGCCCCAAAUCCUUCACGUCUCCCUGGGACAGAAGUUGGUGGCAGCCUACGUCUUGGGCCUCCUGACCAUGGUGUUCCUCCGAACCUGAGCUCCCUGCUCAACCUCCACGCCCCCUCCCCAGGCAGGGACGUGGACCUGGACGUGGACAUGAGACAUUCACUGUGAUGCUCAUAACCUUGCCUCAACUCCUACUUCCUUCUUCCUGCCCAUCCCCUUCCCCCCAAAACCCAGGGAUUUGUAUUCGUUUUCCAAGCUGAGUAAAAUAAAUUUGUAGAAUUG